AAUUAAAAAAGAAAGGUAAAGCUGCUUAUACAAGAGUAACAUAAUAGGCUGAUUUUGAACAUAGAUCCUUCCAAACUGGAGCAGUAAAAUACAUUGAGUGUGGCAUGGGUUACUCUAUGGAGGAAAGCAGUAAUCAUUGUACGGAAAUCUGAGAGCUCCACUCUUGAAGAGAUGACGUGUAACAGUCCAGAUAACUCUGAAGCUUGUGCCACUCCAGAUUGUGACCAUGACCAAGAGAUGGCUGAAGAGUACUCCAGACUGAGGACUUUUGCCAACUUUCCAAAUUGUUGUCCUAUUUCAGCAUCAACACUAGCACGAGCUGGCUUCUUUUAUACAGGAGAGGGAGACAAAGUGAAGUGCUUCAGCUGUCAUGCAACUAUUGAAGGGUGGGAGCAUGGAGACUCAGCAGUUGGAAGACAUAGAAAAAUUUCCCCAAAAUGCAAAUUUAUUGCUCGAUUUAAUUUUUUAAAAAAAGAUAUGCAUCCUGUUCUCCAAAACUGUCAAUGCAGAGUUGAAAAUUGUUCCGGAAAUUCAACACUCCACUGCUCUUCUGACAGAUCAUCUGAUCUCAGUCCAGAUUACCUUUUGAGAACUGGGCAGGUUGUGGACAUGUCAGAUAGUAUGUACCCCAGGAACCCUGCUAUGUGCAGUGAAGAAGCUAGGUUAAAAUCUUUUCACAACUGGCCAGCCUAUGCUCCAUUAACACCGAAGGAGUUAGCCAGUGCUGGGCUGUAUUACUCAGGUGUUGAUGAUCAAGUGGAGUGCUUUUGUUGUGGUGGAAAACUGAAAAACUGGGAACCUUUUGAUCGAGCUUGGUCAGAACAUAAGAGGCAUUUUCCUAGGUGCUUUUUUGUCCUGGGCCAUGAUGUUGGAAAUGUUGGAAAUGUCCCAAAUGAAUCUAAUUUUGCUGAGGUUUGCAGGAGUGGCUUAAACAAUGCAGAUCACCCAAAAAAUCCAUCUAUGGCAGAAUAUGAAGCACGCAUCAAGACAUUUGUGACGUGGAGAUACCCAGUUGUUAAAGAGCGACUUGCUGAAGCUGGGUUCUAUAGUAUAGGUAAUGGUGAUCAUGUUUUGUGCUUUCACUGCGGUGGAGGACUGCAAGAGUGGCAGCAGAAUGAAGACCCUUGGGAGCAACAUGCUAAAUGGUUUCCAGGAUGCAAAUAUCUGCUACAAGAGAAGGGACAAGAAUUUGUAAACAGUGUUCAGUUAACGCCUUUAUCGAGGGAUUCCACAAUAGAAUCUUCUGAGAAGACAUCGCUACUUAUAGAUGAUGAUCUCCUACAAAACCAGUUGGUACAGGAUGCCAUCCGUAUGGGUUUCAGUUUGUCUGAGAUUAAGAACAUUAUGGAGAAGAAACUGCAGACAUAUGGAGAAAACUAUACAUCUGUUGAGGUUCUAGUUUCAGAUAUAAUACAUGCUCAAAAAGAAAACGUACAGGAAGAAGUAUCCAGUGAGAGCUCACUACCGAAAGAUCUGAGUACUGAAGAGAAGUUAAAACGUUUACAGGAGGAAAAGAUGUGUAAAAUCUGUAUGGAUAAAGACAUCUCAGUUGUUUUUAUUCCCUGUGGCCAUCUGGUUGCUUGUAAAGAAUGUGCUGAAGCAGUUGAUAAAUGCCCUGUGUGUUGCAUGGUUAUUACAAAAAGACAGAAAAUAUUUAUGUAUUAGUCAUAUGUACAGUGCUGUUUGUGCAAAUGUUUGCUGUUACAUUGUUUAAAAUCACUGUAAUGCAAUAACAAACAGUUGGGAUGUUCAGCACUGUAGCACACACAUAUAUUUAUUGAGAGUCUAAAGUUUUGAGAUAAUAAAAACAAAGCUUUAGUCAGUGCCCUAAAAGCUCAUGAACUGACAGUCAGAAGCUGCUAAACUUGUGCUUAUAGCUCGCACAUUUAACUGCAGCCUCUUUAUUCCUCUCCAGUUUGUCCCUUCACUUUAAUUGAAGUGACAGAUUAGAAAUUCUUCACUAUGACAGUCUAUUUUAUAUAUAUCUGAGUAUGCACACCUUUCUAAUUUGUUGUAAAGUGCAUAAAUUAAGUAUAUUAUUCCCUCGUAUACAAUAGCAUGAGCAAACUGAAUGAUCUGACUGACUAUAAGCUGUGCUGCUAAUAACAAUGUUGAUUGGAAUUUGUCAUCUGAUCUCACUCUUUACCUCUGCCAAGUUUUCAGAAAGGGUAUGGGUAAUAAACUAUCAAAUGGAGGUGACAAAAAAAAUCCAGCCAUAUUUUUGUUAAAUCAAAUUUUAGCAAGAUUAAUAUUAUUCAAAACUAGAAUAGUAAGGUUUAGCAUCUAUGAAGAAGGCAGAUGUUUGUGGGUUCAGGAAUGGUGACAUUUUAGUGAGAGAAAUAAAUAGCUAAAAGUUUAUGUAGUUUUGUUUUUUAUGUUGACUAUUUUAGUGCCCAUCUAAUCUCUUAAAUGGGUUAAGCCCCUUUCUAACUCAGUAAAACAUUAGUUAUACAAAUUACUUUUCUUAUAGGGAAAAUGGCAUCUUUUAAAAUCUCCUGACCUUUUCUAAACCACUAAAAUGUACAAAUUAUUUAAAAAUUAUUCACGACAGAAAAAUUACAAAAACAUCAUCCAUAUGUUUCUCUUCUUUCAAACAAGUUUCCCCUUCCAAGCAUACAUUAGGCUUCCCUAGUCCAGUACAGUAUGUAUUUUAAAAAUUGACUAAUUUCACUUCCACCUUUCAUUUCAACUAAUUAUAUUCUUGUCAUUUACAUAUCAUAGAGUUACAUUCCAGCAGCAAUGUUUGUUACACUAAGUCCAUUUAUUUCUCCAUCUCUGACUUCCUUAAAGCUGAUCUUUUCUAGCCCAAAAACUAAAAGGAUCCUUAAAUUAUCACAAAAGUGUCCCCCAUCCCACCCCGUCUUGCAGGCUCACAGUUGUAACCUGUCCUUUCUUAACCC